UAAAAGAGACUGUUGCAGUUGGAAAGUUGUAGUGUUGGUUGAGCCCACAUAGUAGUAGUAUGGCUUUCUUUGGAUUAACCUUUACGGGUUACGGGGAACCCUUUCGACAGAGAAAACUAGAGUUACCAAAACGUGAAGAACCAGUAGGAGCACCACAACCCAAACUGGAGCUUUUCUAUCCAAAGCUGCCACCCAUAGGAACUGGAGAAUAUGAUGGCAAGGAGCACCAAGGUAGCCACACCAAGUAUCAAGAGGCUGUCAGGCAGAGACAGCUCAGGAAAUACCCCAAUCAAGUCUACAGGGUACCAAUGACAUGUGGACAAGAUAUUGGCUGGUGGAUGCCCAGAGAUCCAACAGUCCGGCUACAUGAUGCCCUACCUUGGAUUAAAGCGGAAAGACACCCUCUGCCGCAGUGCUGGAUGACCAAGUUCGUGGGGGAUGCAAUGCUCAGUGACCCACUUUUCAGCUUGUUUUAAGAGCCUUAUUUAUGGCAAAAACCCAGCCUACAUGGGAUCACCAUUGCGAUUGUGAAAACUAUUGUGCUAUCACCCUGGCCCUGCUCCCAAGUUAUGACCCACAGCACCAUUUGUGCCAAUAA